AUGAUAAGCAUCUGCCGUGAAAACAAUAUAUGCUUAGUGGUAAUUAACACGGUAAUUGGUAGGAGAGACUGUAUAGAAUAUGCAAAGAAUCAAACUAUCUGUGCAACACUAGAAGCCUGCAAAAGUGCAAAGUGCGUAUCACAUAAAUGUGAAAGUAUUCCAGCAAUUCAUUUCCGUAAUAUUGCUGUAAUCGUCAACAAACGUCUUCGUAAUAGGCCAGAUCUUAAAAAACAACUCAAUCCAUUAUUGUAUAUGCCUUUGCAAACAUCAAUUUUUACACAACAUGAAUCAGGUGUAUAUUGUGGUGAACAAAAUACUUUACUACAAAAUGUAAGAAUUAAAGUGAUGCUAUCAGAAGGGAUAUUUCAACAAUUUCAACGAAAAGCAUACUUUCAACAGUAUCGAUAUUUGUAUGCCCGAAAUGAUUGUUUAAAUAAAUGUAAUUUGUUGGGAAUUAAUUUGGAUUGUGAAAUGGUACCAGAUGAUGAUAUAGAAAUGAUUAAAACAGCUGCAUUUAAACAUUUGCAACAUAUGAUAUUCUUUCAAUGUGGCGAGUAA